AUGGCAUCAGGUGCCGACUCCGGUGCUGAGGGCUCCAAGCCUACCAGCCCAUCUGGCCCAGCAGGCGGCUCAAGCUCUGCCCUGCGUCCAUCUUCCCCUACACCUCCAGGAGGCCCACGAACAGCCCUCCGCCGCCGUGCUGCUGCAGACCACAAGGAGUCCGUACGAAAUGCACGCCCAGCAUCAACCAGAGCUGCCGGAGCCGGCGGUUCGUCUGGUACCAUGCUCAAGCUGUACACCGACGAGAGCCCAGGACUGAAGGUUGACCCUGUUGUUGUAUUGGUUUUGUCACUUGGGUUCAUUUUCUCUGUUGUCGGGCUUCAUGAUCACUCGCAAAUUCUCUUCGUAAAUUGGGCGCCCUUUCUACGGAGUCUUCUUGUUUCCUUCUUUAUCGUUUCCCGCUGUUCUCCAUCGUCCUCCCCUGAUUACCGACAAAAACACACGAGUUAUGGCUUCCAACUGUAUAAAGGUCGUUUCUUAUCUUCAUGGCUGGGAAGGAUCCAAGCGAAUGUACCGGAUAGGAUCCAGCUUCUACGACGCAACUACAACUACUCAACAUACUAUAAUCUAUACCUUAUGACACAGGGGCUGUUUGAUCUCUACAUACUGGCCAUCUUCCAAGAUCAAAUAGGUUCCAAGCAAAUCUGUGAUGAACAUGCGCGUUGGUCAAAGCGGGAUAUUGAUACAAUGUCUUCAUUGAUACCAGAUGCUGCAACUUACACUAUUUGCACGUGUUUAUUUCAUCUUUAUGCCUUGUUUCCAUCCACCUCCAUCCGCUCGCCACCCUCAAUAUCAGCUGUAUAUUUGGGACCUCAAUAUUCUGCAAAGUCUAGCUAG